UCUAAGUUUCAAACUUUCUCCAUCAAGCCAUUUUAUUCUCUAGACUCUCUCAUCCCCAUGGAUUUUGCUCACAAUGUCUAGGAAAUUUCAAGCCAUUUGGGUUUCGCCUCCAAUUGAGACCAAUUCCAAAACCAUUUCUUUAUAUACUAACAAUGAAGUUAAAAUUGUGACCCGCCCAUAUUUUCUUUUGGGUUAUGGCUAUGGCAGCUCCUCUGUGUUUUCUUUGUGUGUUCCUCUGUUUGGCUGCUACUUGUUCUGCGCAGUCUUCGUUUCUAUACAAUGGAUUCAACGAAAACGCGAGGCUCAACAAGAAUGCACAAAACUUGUCUCUUGAUGGAGCAGUAAUUGAGAAACCCUCUGGUGCAUUGAGGCUCACGGACACUUCACAUAACGUGGUCGGCCGAGCAUUCUAUCCUAAUGCAUUUAAGAUGUUUGAUAAAAGUUCUGACUCAUAUCCGAAUGCUUCUUCUUUCAGCACAAGUUUUGUGUUUGCGAUCAAUCCAUCUAGCCCCGGCCGAGGUGGGUAUGGCUUCGCCUUCGCCUUGGUUCCAUCAACCCAAAUUGUAGGUGCUGAAAGUGGACACUACUUGGGAUUAUUCAACGCUUCCAACGAUGGAAACCGUUCCAACCAUAUAUUUGCUGUGGAAUUUGACACUGUUAAUGGGCAUGGUGAGGUAAAGAACACCAAAGGAAACGAUGUUGGGAUCAACAUUAAUAGCAUCUCAUCAGUUGCAUCACGACAUGCUUAUUUUUCUUUCCAUGGUGUAGUCCAAGAAAUACAAAUCGAUUCAGGUGAUCCGAUUGUUGCUUGGAUUGAAUAUGACGGCCCUAAAAGACUUGUGAACGUCACUAUAGGCCCCUUCAUGGAGCAAAAACCAGAAAAGCCACACAUUUCCCUUCUGGUUGAUCUGACUUCUGUUAUGAAGGAUCAAAUGUCCGUCGGCUUCACUGCGUCGACUGGUGAGGAAUCAAGCUCUCAUUACAUUUUGGGAUGGAGUUUUGCAGUGAAUGCUCCUGCGCUGCAGCUGAAGUACUCUGAACUUCCCAAUGGACCAAAAGAGCAACAUCAUUUUUCCUUAUCAAAUUCCCAAUUGAGGGUUGUUUUACCAGUUUUAUCUAUUGUGACCAUUGUUGGAGUUAUUUUAAUAGCUUUCUUGGUUAGAAGAAAGUGGCAAACUGAGAGGCUGGAGGACUGGGAAAGAGAUUGCCCUCACAGAUUCAACUACAGAGAUCUUUACAAAGCAACAAAUGGAUUUAAAGACACCGAGCAAAUUGGAAUUGGGGGGUUCGGCUCAGUAUACAGAGGCCUGCUACAUUCAACUGGAACCGAGAUUGCUGUGAAGAGAGUACAAAGAAACUCAAGCCAAGGACUGAAGGAAUUCGCAGCAGAAAUCGAAAGCUUGGGACGAUUGCGACACAAGAAUUUGGUCAAUCUCCAAGGAUGGUGCAAGAAACAUAACGACCUUCUCAUAGUUUACGAUUAUAUUCCAAAUGGGAGCCUUCAUUCUCUUCUCUAUCGUCCAAAACACAAAAUUGUUUUGAAUUGGCAGCAAAGAUUCAACAUCCUCAAAGGGAUUGCUGCAGGCUUAUUGUAUCUUCAUGAAGAUUGGGAGCAAGUGGUGAUCCACCGAGAUGUAAAGCCAAGCAACGUUCUGAUAGAUGCUGACAUGAAUGCCCGAUUGAGCGAUUUCGGUCUGGCCAGACAAUACGACCACAACCAAAUAUCGCACACGACACGAGUUGUCGGGACCAUCGGCUACAUACCACCAGAGUUGUUCCUGACAGGCAAGGCAUCGAAGAAUGCCGACGUGUUCGGGUAUGGAGUUCUGAUUCUAGAAGUGGCGUGUGGAAGAAAGCCUUUGGAAUCAGAUGAAUUCAUGUUGGUGGAUUGGGUGAGGAAAUGGUAUGAAACGGGUGGGAUUCUUUGUGCGGCUGAUCCGAAGUUGGAUUCUGUUUAUGAAGUUGAAGAGAUGGAGAUGGUGCUGCAACUUGGGCUUUUCUGUACUCACCGGAAACCAGAAGCUCGACCGACGAUGAGACAAGUCAUGAGGUUUCUUAACCGAGACGACCCGCUUCCAGCUCUCCACACUUGGGAUUUUUCUCAAAGUAUCUUUGGAUCUAAUUUAAGAUUGACAGAUGAAGUUAUUUCAGUAAUGUCCAUUGGCACAUUCUCUUCUGGCUCCAUAAAUACAGGCAGAUAGUUUAAGCUAUUUCAAUACUGUCAUUAAUGUAAAUUUUAAGAAUAUCAUUGUGCCGACCUUAGAAGGCGAGAUAGUAACUAUAUUUGUGGCGAUCAAUAUGAAUAUAGUUCACUAUCAAGGUAUAAUCCCUACUAUUAGUAUUGGAGUGUUACCUAAUUCAAAGUUAUCAGUUGUUAGUAUUUUAGUUGGUUGUAUUAUCAGUUAGUUUGUACCAAAGUUUUAGACACAUUAUGAGAAGUUCUGUACA